AGCACCACGAUAAAGGGGAGUUUAUGCUGAGGAAGGCGGCGUACGCUAUUUGUAUAUAAACAGUGUGUACGGAGUUGUGAUGAACCUGCCUUCAUUCAAUCAUCAUCACCACGACACUUUGCCCUAUCAUAGCUACUUACCUAGCCUACUGCGACGAAUAAAAACACUUGUCAAUUUCAUAUUCAUACCACAUACAAUUACUCGCCACAAUGUCCUCUUCAUUGAAACCUAUCAAGGCCUACGGCGAUUUGGGCCCCAACCCGCCCAAGGUCAUCAUGAUCCUCGAGGAGCUCGGCCUGCCCUACGAGAUCGAAAAAGUUGUGUUUGCCGAUAUCAAGGGCCCCGAAUAUACUGCUGUCAACCCUAACGGGCGUCUGCCCGCCAUCUACGACCCCAACACCGACCUGACGCUAUGGGAGUCCGGCGCCAUCAUCGAGUACCUCGUCGAGACGUACGACAAGGACAACAAGAUCAGCUUCCCCAAGGGCUCGAACGAGAGCUACCUCACGAAGCAGUGGCUAUACUUCCAAGUAUCCGGCCAGGGCCCUUACUUUGGACAGGCAGUGUGGUUUACCAGGUAUCACCCGGAAAAAAUCCAGAGUGCCGUAGAUCGGUACGUCAAAGAGAUCUACCGCGUCACCGGCGUAGUCGAGGGCCACCUCGCCAAAGAGAAGGCCAAGGGUAUUAGCAGCGACGGACCUUGGCUUGUGGGAGGCAAGAUCACUUUUGCGGAUAUUGCCUGGUACAUGUGGUCGGCUAUAAUCGGCACUGCAUUGCCUGACGCUGACAUCAGCUAUGAUGAGUACCCUCUUUUCAAGGACUGGCUCGCGAGGUUGGGUGAACACCCUUCCGUCAAGUAUGGAAAGAGCCUUGCUUAGGUAUCCUCCUCAGCAGCAGUAAGCGGCGGGGAGGCGUUG